AGGAGAGCGACAAAAGAGUUCUUUGCAGCGUUUUUUCUCCCUCUCUCUCUCUCUCUCUCUCUCUCUGUGUCUCUCUCUUUGGCUGACUGCUCAGAGAGAUCAUCUUCUUCAUAUUCCUAUUGCUGCAAGAGACUAUCGAUGGCUUCGUCGAAUAGACACUGGCCCAGCAUGUUCAAGUCCAAGCCCUGCAACACGCAGCCUCAUCAAUGGCAGCAUGAUCUCAACCCUUCUCUCCUGUCAUCAAGCGGAUGCCACAGAACUUCGCCCUACUCAUCAGGCUGCGAGGAGCGAACCCCAGAGCCAAAGCCAAGGUGGAACCCGAAGCCGGAGCAAAUCCGCAUACUCGAGGCGAUCUUCGACUCCGGGAUGGUCAACCCCCCGAGGGAUGAGAUUCGGAAGAUCAGGGCUCAAUUGCAGGAGUACGGGCAAGUCGGCGACGCCAAUGUGUUCUACUGGUUCCAGAACCGGAAAUCUAGAAGCAAGCACAAGCUCCGUCACCUCCAGACCUCGAAACAACAGAGGCAACAACAAAACCAAAACACCAGCACCAACAACAACCACAAUCUCCAUCCAAUGACAUCUUCAAUGUCGCCCGCCAUCACAGCUCCUAAUUCAUCCUCGUCGUCCUCCUCGUCUGAGAGGACCUCUCCAACUGGGUCCAAGAAGACAAACUUGUCCCUAGGCCCAUGUUCCUCGGACGCCCUCGAUAUCCCAAAUCCAGUUCUCUCCAUGAACCAGGCCUACUUCUCUCAGACCCAUCAUGGGGAUUUUUUCACCGAGCCGUCCUUGCUUUUCCCCCAACAAAGUCAUCAGGGCGUGAGCGCUUGUGGUUUCACUCAAGCUGGUCAAGGGUUUUGCUUCUCUCCACCGACAAGUGUGGUUCAAGUCUCUCAUGAACAAAGCCCUAAUAUCGGCCCUUGCACAAGCCUUCUACUUAGUGAGAUCAUGAACAGCAACAACAGCAGCAACAAUGCAGCUGCUUCUGAGAAACUAGGGCAAAGUGAUCAUCACAAGGUGAAGAUGAUGCAAUUGCCAACAAGCUCUCUGGGUAAUAACUAUUCUGUGAUCAACCCUAUAGGGACGACUCAGUGUGCUGUUCCCACAACUGUCACUACUAGCUUUCAUCUUCCAAGCACCAACAUCCACAAUGUCCAGGGUGUUCCGGAGGCCGGUGACGAGGCGAAAUCCACGGUGUUCAUCAAUGACAUGGCGUUCCAGGUGGCGCCCGGGCCGCUCAAUGUGAGGGCGGCGUUUGGGGAUGACGCGGUGCUCAUCAACGCCUCGGGUCAGCUGGUUCUCACCAAUGAAUGGGGUCUCACUCUUCAGCCGCUCCAGCACGGCGCCUCUUAUUAUCUGAUAUGAACACGCGUGGAGGCUGAGGAGGAAAGCAGAAGCUGUCUAAGCUUUGGUCACUGUGCUGACUUCACAUCUCUCUCUCUCUCUCUCUCUCUCUCUCUCUCUCUCUCUAUGUAUUAGGGUUUACAUUACAGUGGGUCUAAGUUAAAAUUCCGUAUGAAUGGGGUUUUUGGUCGGUCUUGGAGAACUUGAAGUUUGCUGAAUUGUGUAACACAUUAAGAUCGACAUAUGAAUGGAGGUCAGAUGCUCC